AUGUCUGCAUCCGUGGAAGAACCCAAGAACGCACAGCCCAGAAAGUAUGUUGGUUUCGACACCAUCACCACCCAGAUCGAGAACCGGUUGUUGAAGAGAGGAUUCCAGUUCAACAUCAUGGUUGUUGGCAGAUCCGGCUUGGGUAAGAGUACGUUGGUUAACACCUUGUUCUCUUCCAAGUUAGCCCAAACCAACGGCAGAAAGCACACCUCGGAGCCCAUCGAAAAGACCACCGAGAUCAAGGUCAGCUCUCACUCGUUGGUGGAAAAUACUGUCCGGUUGAACAUCAAUGUCAUUGACACCCCCGGCUUUGGAGAUCAAAUAAACAACGAAAAGUGCUGGGAACCAUUGGUCAAAUACAUCAAGGAACAACACUCUCAAUACUUGAGAAAGGAGUUGACUGCCCAGAGAGAAAGAUACAUUCCCGACACCAGAGUGCACUGUAUUUUGUACUUCCUCCCACCAAACGGCCAGAAGUUGAAGCAAUUGGACGUCCAGGCCAUGAAGAAGUUGAGUGAAAUCGCCAACGUCAUUCCUAUCAUCGCCAAGUCCGAUUCCUUGACCAUUGACGAAAGAACCGAAUACAAGAAACUCUUGCAAAACGAAUUCAUUAAAUACAACUUCAAUAUCUACCCUUACGAUAGCGAGGACUUGUAUGACGAGGAAAGACAAUUGAACGAAGAUAUCAAGUCGUUGAUCCCAUUUGCCAUUGCUGGUUCCGAAAAGGAAAUCCAGAUCAACGGGGAAACCGUCAGAGGCAGAAAAACCAGAUGGGGAGCCAUCAAUAUCGAGGAUGUGAGUCAGUGUGAAUUCGUGUUUUUGAGAGACUUUUUGACUAGAACUCACUUGCAAGACUUGAUUGAAACCACUGCCUUGGUUCACUACGAGACGUUCAGAUCCAAGCAAUUGAUCGCAUUGAAGGAAAACGCCAGUAACCACCCAAAUAGACAGUCUGCUCCUUCUCAGCCUGCUUCUACCCAAUCCCUGGGCGACCUUAACGGUUUCCACCGUCCUAGUUGA